CAGCUGGCAGGGUCCAAAGGUACCACCAGCCUUCUGAGAAUUGCCAGCUGAUGUGAGCACCUGCAGGUGGAUUUCUUUAACAUGCAGCUGCAUUUGUAGAAAUCCAGGGUGGUGCUGCUGAACUGCAGGUAUGGGGCUCUCGGUCCAGUUGACAGCAGUGAUCUUCAUCUUGAUGUUGGUAUCUACACACCAUCCCACUACAGGUCAUAGCCACAAUCCACUGAUUGUCUUGGAUGAUUAUGAGGACAAUGGUAUUAGACUCAAAUGCGCCUCUGAGAGGUUGUUUUCUGAAGUUCAGGUGUUGUGGACAGACAGUAAAGGAGAAAAUUUCACUGGAACACCACUUGACACUGGCACCGUCAAUGCUCAUGCCAGCAGCUCCCUCCUUCUAAAACCAGGAUCUGGAAAUUCUGUGUCCUGCAAAAUAAUUGAUAAACUGCUGAAAACAUCAGCAGAGUCUUCAAUUGUCAUUGCAGAUGUCUUCUUCCCUGCCACCUCCCCUUGGAUGGCUGCUUUUGUCGUGAUACUUCUCUUGAGCAUAUUACUGGUUAUUGCUGCAAUGUAUAAACUCAGAAAGAACAACAAGACAACUGCUCGUGCAGAAAAUGCAAAACGUGAAAUUGAAAAAGAAAUAAAACAGCUCAAAGAUCAGCUGGCUGAGGAGCAGAACAAGUCACAGAAGGAAAUUCAGGAUGCAGAGAAUAAACUUGAAAAAGCCAGGAAUGAACUGGAAUUCAGGAGAGCUCGUAGCAAGGCAGUUAAUAUCACCCUGGACGAGAACUUCAAAGAUCCAAAACUCAUCAUUAAGGAGAAAAAUAGAGUCAAGUCUUCCAUUCAGAAAGAGGUCACACCUAAAUUGAUUGUAGUAGCUACUGAAGGGUUUUCGGAUGAAAUUCAUUACUGGGAAGUGGAGGUGGGUGACAAAUCAGAGUGGGAGCUGGGGGUUGUAAGUGAGGAGAUUAGAAAUACACUGAAGAGCAGCCAGUUGGAGUCAUCUCCAGAGGGGAUCUUCAGUCUUCAUUUUUCUGAGGGCAAAUACCAUCUGACUACUGGGGAGGAUGUAAGAAAUUUGAAGCACUGCACUGUGGUUGGUGUUUCCCUGGAUCAGGAAGAGUGUGUGCUUUCAUUCUAUAAUGUUGAGGAAAAGUGUCUUAUUGGGUCUAUCUCUCUUGAUUUUUCUGGGAAGCUGUACCCAUUCUUCAGUCCAGGCUCUGAUGACAAAUGGUUGGGGAUACGUUCUGUCAGCAUUCCAAACCCAUUACCCUCUCUAUGAAGCUCUUCCACAGGACCAAGAAGAGAUUAAUAUGUUGAUAAUAAAUCACAGAGGACACAAAAGGAGAGAGGAAGAAAAAAUGUAUUUUCAGCCUUCUUUAAAACUAUGCAUGAGAAAGAAAUACUCUCUAAAGUACCUCAAAGGUCUUCGUCUCCUGCUGAGAAUUAAUUUUGUAAAAGUCCAUACCUAUCAUAUGUUGCAAUUUUCUUGCAUUUCACCUGGACUAAAGAAGCAUGAAUUUA